AUGAACGAAAGGAGCCACCCUAAUCUUCAAGAAGAAAACAUCCAGUAUCCUAUGAGCACCUCUACCAGACUACCCGCCUCAUAUCUCCGGGGCGCACCCAAGAGCCGGUUGAGCCGUUACAACGGAUGGCUCCCAGCCCGCCCCGAGAUCUACCGCGAGUUCAUCCAGCGGCACAGGCAGAUCGGCAAGGACAGGCGCCGGGCUGCAGUCCCCCACCAACCCAUCGUCCAAAAGUUCGCCGACACUAUCAGGGGCGACCCUGAAAUGUCCGCGCUCAUGGACGAAGUCUUCAUCGAGGCGGCCAAGCCUCCCAACCUCGACACUGUGGACAACUUUGACGAGUUGCUAUACGGUAUGGACGCGAUCGUCGUCGCCCCUCCCAAGUACUACCUUGCAAAAGACGAAAACGGCAACAUCAUCGGCGAACCCGUGGGCGUGCCCAUGCACCUCCUCUUCGACCUCCUCAGCAACACCGCUGCGGCUUACGACCUCUUCCGCCGGCCAGCAUUCAACCAAGCGCUCAAAGAAGUCUUCGACGAGUGGGGCCGCUACCUGACCACCAGCGACUCCAACAAGUCGCUCAACGAGACUGAGGAGGGGUGGUUCGGGGCUGCGGCGUUGGCCAGUCUCGAAGAGGGGCGUGGCAACUUCAACGAUACUUGGAUCUGCCCGAACCCCGAUGCGGAGAAUCGCGGCUACGAGUCCUGGGACGCGUUCUUCACCCGCCUCGCGCAGCCCAAUGCGCGCCCCGUCCUCGCUCCGGAGGACAAAUCCCUCAUCCACAACGCGUGCGAGUCUACCACCUUCGCUAUCGCCACUGACGUCAAGAAGAACGACCAGUUCUGGCUCAAGACGCAGGCCUAUUCCUUGCGCAACAUGCUGAACAAGGACGAGAACUACGCUGACAAGUUCGUGGGUGGGACGGUCUACCAGGCGUUCCUCAGUCCCCAGGACUACCACCGCUGGCACGCCCCCGUCGACGGCACCAUCGUCGACACCGUCUCCGUUCCAGGCACCUACUACGGCGUCCUGUUCGACGCCGGCGCCGAGGAGGACGACCCCGAUCUCCAACCCGGCGACCCGCACGGCGCGAUCAUCCGCUCCCAAGCCUACCUCACCACCACCGCCGCCCGCGCCCUCAUCUACAUCCAAGCCGACAACCCCGCCAUCGGUCUCAUGUGCUUCAUCGGUAUCGGAAUGGGCGAAGUCUCCACCUGCGAGAUCACCGUCAACAAAGGUGACCGCGUCAAGACGGGCGAUGAGAUUGGGAUGUUCCACUUUGGUGGAUCGUCCCAUGCGAUGAUCUUUGGUCCCCAGGCUAAACUUACGUUUGCGCAAGAGAUUGAGAUUGAUAAACACCAAUUGGUUAAUUCUGUUCUUGCGCAGGUUGAGAAGGCCUAG